UGUGAUCGGAAGUCGCCCGCCCAGUCAUCUGAGCAACAACGUCUGUCUCUCUGACGGUCAAAGAUGGCCUACCCUAAAUCCCACAACCCGUUCGCAGAUGAUGCCGAUGAGGAAGACUUUAGACCUAAAAAUAGGGGUUUCGAGGAUUUCGAUGACAGUGAUAUGAGCGAUGCAGAGAGGAGGCAGCGCUACCUCCAGCACGAAGUGAUGCGUACAGCGCAGUCUGCCGUUGACAGCAGUCACCGCUCCCUCGGCCUCAUCUACGAAUCAGAGAAGAUGGGUGUGGAUACUGCAGAGGAGCUGGUGCGACAGGGUGAGGCUCUGAAAAGGACAGACAAGAUGUUGGACAACAUGGAUCAGGACCUGAAGACCAGCCAGAAGCACAUUACCAGUAUAAAGAGUGUGUGGGGCGGCCUUGUCAAUUACUUCAGAGGCAAACCAGAGACAAAACCACCACCUGAACAACCUAAGGCCUACCAGGCCAAUGACAAAUUACAAACUGCCUUAUCCAGCAGCAAAGAGCAUGAAGAUAAGUACCAAAGCAGCCACCCCAAUCUACGAAAGAUGAACACAGAAGGAUUUGGAGCUACUGCUGCUUCAGUGGAUGACCGCUCAUUUGGACAGAAUGAGUACUCCAAGAAUAGACACCUGAGAGAAGCUCACCAAACCCUCGACAACAAUCUAGGUGAGAUGUCUGAUGGCUUGAGAAGACUAAAGAACCUUGGACUUGGUCUCCAGAGUGAGAUCGAGAGCCAGGAUGACUCCAUUGAUUCUCUGCUAAAUAAAGUGGACAAGAUGGAUGUCAAGAUCCACAACACAAACCAACAAAUCAAGAACCUGAAAUAAAACAAAUACUUGGACUCAUUUCACAGAGACACAAACAAGUCAUCAUCCCUUUUUUUCAUUUUGGUCUGUAGUCCUCCUUUGCUAAGGAGGUUUAUGUUUUUAGCUGCAUUAUAUGUCUGCAUAACUCGUAAAAGUAAACAUUUCUAUUUGGAAUAUAACAUCAUUUAGCAAAUGAACACACUAUUUUCUUCUUGACUGAAUUCUUCAUUUAUUUCUAAGUCUUUAGUUUGCAAUUGUCCUUCCACCACGCUGACAUGUUGUACUGACGCCCACACGGUUGUUGUAGUGAUUAGCACUCUUGCCUUUGCAGCAAGAAGACCCAGGUUCACGACCUGGUCAGAAAAAGGAAAUUGGACAAUCUGUGAGAUGGUUGUUUAUCUCUAUGUGGCCCUGGUUUGCCUGUGUCCUGUUCAAAUUGGAUUGUUAUCUUCGGGUUUCAGUUCCUCUGACUCAUUGUCUCAGACAUAUUUCAAACUUGGUUGUGUAAUUAUUGUAUUAGUUUUGUAUCUAUUGAGUUAUAUCCUGGACCUUCCUCCACAUUUGUACAUAAAUGUUUUGCAAGUGAUGCUCAAGUCACCUUUGCCUUUACAUCAAUGCGUAUGUACAGAAAAACUAGCUUUUGGUUUCUGUGCCAUUCUUCUGUCUCCACUGCUACAUGUUACAGCAUUUCUUCAAUUUUUUAAAAAAUUUUCAGUAGGAUUUAGACUUUUUGAAGCAUAUGAUUAUGUCCUUUUGUUAUCAUGUUCAGAAUGUGUUUGAAGUGAUUAUGGUAUGAAGAAGUCAGCUGUGAAAAUAAAUCUAUGAAAAUCUAUUAAAGAUAA